AUGGAGCUUCUCCCAGUCCUGGAUCUACUGGACACUCCAUCAGAAGGAAUAUGGUAUUCGUUGAUACCCAGCGGCAGUGCCCCGGACGUCAGUGUUGGUCACACGUGCACUUAUUAUUCUUCUGAAAGUAAAGAAAAAGGGGAAAUUAUCAUAGCGGGUGGGGCCAACCCGGGGGGCAGUUUCUCCCACUCAUAUGUGUUACAUUUAGAUGAAAACGUUUGGGACAUCCCAGAAUGGGAGGGUUUGGACCCCAGGUACGAGCACUGCAGCUUUGUGCCAGCGAGCUUCCCUCACAGUCAGUGGCUGUUUGGUGGAGCGCAGCAGACGGGAAACCUCCAGUGCAUCCAGAACAUACAGCUACAGGACAGUAAACCGUCCUGGAAGAAGGUUCCAGUCGUUGGAAAAGCACCAGGUUCAAGGACGUACCACACGAGCUCCGCCUGCCUCGGGGACAGACUCUUUGUGUUUUCUGGAGGAGAAGCUGGAACGAAGCCCGUGGUAGACUCUCAACUCCACGUCUUUGAUUCAGUGUCGCUCACAUGGUCACAACCAGAAACUCACGGCUCUCCUCCGGCGGCUCGCCAAGGCCACGUCAUUGUAGCAGUGGGAUCAAAGGUCUUCAUUCACGGUGGCAUGUCCGGGGAACAGCUUUUCAAUGAUAUUUUUGCUCUCGACACAGAGUCGAUGGAAUGGGAUGAACGUCAUAUUAAAGGUGACGCUCCCCCGGCAGUGGCGGCGCACUCUGCUGUGGCUCUGGAUAAACACAUUUAUGUCUUUGGAGGAAUGACCGCAGGAGGUGCUAGUAACUCCAUGUACAAGUUUAACACAGAGGACAACCUCUGGACAGAAAUGAAAUUUGAAGGAGAUUUGCCGGCGAACCGUUUGGACCACUCCAUAUCCCUCCUCAGUCUCACUUUAGAGUCAUUGGAGAUCCAGUAG